AUGUCCCAGCAGCAGACGGUGACGGUGGAGGUGCUGGACCACUUGGAACACCUGGCCUUGGUCGACUUCCGCGAUGCGGAGGGUGUGGAGCGGCUGCAGAAAGCAAUCCGGUUUGCUGAUCAGCUUCGUGAAGUGAACACUGAUGGUGUAGAACCUAUGGAUUCCGUCCUGGAGGACAGGUGUCUGUAUCUCAGGGAAGAUGAUGUGACAGAAGGCAACUGCACGAACGAGCUGCUGAAAAAUGCGAGAGAGAAAGUAGAGGAAUAUUUUGUAGCCCCACCAGGUAACAUCCCUCUACCAAAGCUAGAAGAACGAGAUACUUUUCUGCAGGGCUCUUAG